ACUAUGAACCAGUUCGCAUGGACUGAAUGGAAGAAUCUGAAUAUGAAUGAUAGCAAUGAGAAUGUAUCUGAGCAUCUAUCCUGCCCUUUCGGAUUUGGACAUUAUAAUGCCAUUGAUAUUUGUAUCCUUGAGACUAUUGUUAUUAUCUUACUAACAUUUUUAAUUAUUACUGGUAACUUAACAGUAAUUUUCGUCAUCCACUGUGCUCCACUUUUGCAUCAUUAUACCACCAGCUACUUUAUUCAGACUAUGGCAUAUGCUGAUCUUUUCGUUGGGAUUAGUUGCUUAAUUCCUACCUUGUCACUGCUUCACUAUUCUGUAGGUGUUCACGAGUCCUUAACUUGUCAAAUUUUUGUGUAUGUCAUCUCCGUACUGAAAAGUGUUUCUAUGGCUUGCCUUGCUUUCAUUAGCGUGGAUCGCUACCUGGCGAUCACAAAACCACUCUCGUAUAACCAGUUGGUCACCCCCUGUCGAUUGAGGAUCUGCAUUAUUUUGAUCUGGCUCUACUCGGCACUUAUCUUCCUGCCUUCCUAUUUUGGUUGGGGAAAGCCAGGUUAUCACGGAGAUAUUUUUGAAUGGUGUGCAGCUUCUUGGCUCACCAAUGCCUAUUUUACUGGAUUUAUUGUCUGCUUACUUUACGCUCCAGCUGCCUUUAUAAUCUGUUUUACAUAUUUCCACAUAUUCAAAAUUUGCCGGCAGCACACCAAAGAGAUAAAUGACCGGAGAGCUCGAUUUCCUAGUCAUGAAGUAGAUACUACUGCAGAAGCUGGACAUAGCCCAGAUAGCCGCUAUGCUAUGGUUUUAUUUCGUAUAACCAGUGUGUUUUAUGUGCUCUGGCUGCCCUACAUUAUAUAUUUCAUGCUAGAGAGCACUAAGGUGCUUGAAAACCCAGCACUCUCUUUUGUAACAACCUGGCUUGCUAUUAGCAAUAGUUUUUGUAACUGUGUAAUAUAUAGUCUGUCAAAUAGCGUUUUUAGGUUGGGACUUUGGAGAUUGUCAGAGACAAUAUGCUCAGUUUGCAUAUGUAAAAAAGACCGUGGGGUUCGAGAGCCUGUUCCUAGAAAACGGGCUAACUCUUGUUCUAUGUAA